UUGAAUCGGUUUCCUCUACCCGUUUUGUUUGUUUAAGAUGAGUAUAAAUACGAAAGCCAGCCGCUGAAAGAGGACCCUAGGGUUUGAGGAUCACUUGGUUCUACUGUUUUGGGUGCAGGAGGAUAUCUGUAGAGGUGAAAUACUUGAAUUUUGUGGAACGAUGAAGUUAAGGAGCGACUAUGUUUACGAAUAUCGCCCCACUGUAGAAGAAGAAGAAAAAGAAUUGGUUGCAAUGGCAGUAGAUGCUGCUAAGAAUGUUUUGAGGUCAGCUCAGUCUUCAUAUAAUGUUGCUGCUGUUACACCUGGUGUCGGUGUCGACCACUUAAUGCCAGAUGCUUAUAAAGAAGAAGAAUCUCUUGAACCACAAAGAGAUGAUGAUAUCUGCUCUACUACGAGUACUAUAGAAUAUACUUACCCAGAAGAAGAAGAACCAAGCAAGAAUUCUUAUGGGGAUGAUGAAGACGACAAAGAAGAUGAGGAAGACAGUGAAGAAGAUGAGGAUGAUGAUGAAGAAGAUGAGGAUGAUGAUAAUUCCUCGAUGUUUUCAGAUGCCGAUUAUGGAAUGAUCCCAGAAGAAAAAUCACUGACUGAUGAGGACUCGGAGAGCGACAGCGACAAUGGCAAUGUUAGCAAGUCUCCUGUUAAACAGCUAAGCAAGGAUGACUGGGUUGCUUCGUGGAAUGAGGGAGAUCCUCAAGAGCAUUUGACUUGGAUUAAUGUGUAUGCUUAUUAUAGAAAGAAGGAAAAAGGCUUAGGAGGAUAUGGAGGAUAUGGAGUUAUUCUACGCUAUGACGACAGUGCGAAGCCAGUCACUGCUUCAGCCAAGUACUCAGCAGAUGGAAAAUCGUUUCUAUAUCAAGUGUUGAUGGGAAUAAAGGCCGGUGUCAAACUUGCUGAGGAUCAUAACCUUCCAGGAAGUGUGAGGCUUAUCUUGAUUGGUUUGUGGGUUGCGAUAGGGGGUUGUGGCCUCUUGUCCAGGAUCUUAAAAGCCAAAAAGAACUAAGUUCAGAAAAAUGUCCAAAGGCAUGUAAUGAAGCUGCGCAUUAUCUGGCAAAAACGGCAAAAGCAAAGCAUGAUGGGAAGAAGUUAAAAGGGAUUGCCGGUGAUGAUGAGGAUCUCGGUGAGAUUAAACCAGAUAAUUUUCCACCAAAGCUAAAAGAUAUUCUUUGGGCAGAUGCUUUUCGUGGUAUGUCAUACUACAGGGGGUCAUGGUAAAGAAGAUAUGAACACUCUAUUUUGAUUAGUAGCCGUGUUUUUAUGUUUGAACAUCUAUUAAUAUGUUUGAAUAUACUGGGGCUGGAUUUUAUGGAUUCCAUCUUUUCUGGGAUUUAUAUGAUGUUUUUAAGUUUUAAGUAUGGAUUUGGGCGUGGUGAUAUAUAUAGUGAUUUUU